AAUGAGAAGGACAGAGCGAAACUGAGAGGAGCCAUCACAACAAAACUUCUCCAACAAGUGGAACUACAGGCGGGCUUCUCUCCCUUUUCUCACCGCAUGGCUGCUUAGUUCCCGCAGAUCUAACUUGUGCGGUACAAACUUCUAUUUGCGGAGGCAGAGGGGGGUCUCCGCUUGGAAAGAUGGAUCAUUUAAAAAGGACCAGGUCGCGCAGGAGUAUAUCGCUAUUUCUUUUUAUCCUGCUUCACGUUACGGCGACACAAGCUGCUGAUCCCAUUGAUGUUCUGCGGGUGCUGGAGCUGUCAGAGAACAUGGAGGGGGUGUCUUUAGAGGCUGGUAUCUGCACCAGCAGGAGGGGCAUGGAGGAGACCGACCUGGCCUACAAGAUAGACAAAAAGAUCCAGCUCAGUGCUCCCACCAAACAGCUCUUCCCAGAUUCCAAAUUUCCUGAGACUUUCUCCUUGAUGACUACACUGCGAGCUAAAAAGGGCACCCAGUUCUUCCUGCUCUCAGUGUAUGAUGACCAAGGGGUGCAGCAGCUGGGGCUCGAGGUGGGCCGUUCGCCUGUAUUCCUUUAUGAGGACCAACAUGGGCAGCCCACACCCGAAAUGUACCCCAUCUUCAAGAAGAUCAACCUGGCCGAUGGAAAAUGGCACAGGAUAGCCUACAGUGUGCAGGACAAGUCUGUGACCCUCUACCUGGACUGUAAGAGGGUAGAGACCCUGGAUCUGACUCGAGGGGACGACGCUGUGGUCAGCACUGAGGGUGUCACUGUGUUUGGGACACGGCUGCUGGAUGAAGACGUAUUUGAGGGAGAUAUUCAGCAACUACUGAUUGUGGAGGACGCCCAGGCCGCUGCCAACUACUGUGUAAACUACAUACCAGACUGUGACUCUGCCUUGCCCUACAACAGCCAAACCUUGGACCUGCAGGAGAACUCCCAACUUGGGUCUGAUGCCUUGAUGCAAAGUGACCAGCCAGAUGAACCAAAGGAGGUCUCCAAAAAGGACAGGAAAGGCAAAAAGAACAAAAAGAAGAGAGACAAAGGCUCUAAAGGCAAACGCAAAGGCAAGGGCAAGGGCAAGAAGGGAUCCAGAAAGAAAAAACAUGAAGAGGAGGGUCUUGAGGACGGCUUCCUCAGAGUAUCCACAACACUGCCUGAGUAUCUGUCCCAAGAGCCUUUUCUGCCCACAGAGCUGCCAGAAAUUAAGAGCGCCCAAGAAGCUGUCAUUCCCACUGAAGUCUUCGACAAGACCCUCAUGGAGAUGCCCACACACAAACCCGACUCCACAACCGAGGCUCCCACUGUGGUACCCAGUGCAUUGCCUGAAUCAGUGGUUACUGAGGAGGAGAAGAAGCCCCCGAAGAAGCCAGUGGUGGAAGAGUAUGGAGACGACCUUUAUGAUGAUCUCUCAGUUUCCACGGUAACAGCUGGCCCAAAUGUUACCGACUAUGAGAUUCUUGAAUAUGAGGAUUACAGGAAUGACACGGAAUCCGAGUAUGAAGAGUACGAAGCAUACGAGGAUGGCUUUGACUUUGCAGAGCGGGACAGAGCACAGACGUGGCAUGGAGAGGCUAGCCUCAGAGCAGAGAAGGGCCAGAAGGGAGAGCCAGCUAUUAUUGAACCGGGCACAUUAGUGGAAGGACCCCCAGGUCUACAAGGGCCAGAGGGGCUUGCUGGCCCACCUGGACCAACAGGCCCUCCAGGACCCAGGGGAGAUCCUGGUGAAUUGGGUCCCCCAGGACGUCCCGGUCUUCCUGGGGUUGAUGGGAUUCCAGGUCCUCCAGGAACCUUAUUGAUGCUACCGUUCCAGUAUGGAGGUGAUUCCCAGAAGGGACCAGUGGUGUCUCCCCAGGAGGCACAGGCACAAGCUAUCCUGCAGCAGACCCAGCUAUCACUGAAGGGACCUCCAGGUCCAAUGGGUCUCACGGGCCGACCAGGCCCACUGGGUGCUCCAGGUCCCGCUGGGCUCAAAGGAGACAGAGGAGACAGUGGCCCUGCUGGGUCACGUGGGUUGCCAGGCCCUCCUGGAAUUAAUGGGAGGCUAGGAAAAAGGGGGCGUGCAGGAGUGGACGGAGGUCGUGGAGCUCCAGGUGAAACAGGCUCUAAGGGUGACAGGGGUUUUGACGGCCUGCCAGGUCUCCCAGGAAACAAGGGGCACAGAGGGGACAGAGGAAAGCCUGGUCCUCAUGGGCCUGUUGGAGAGCCAGGAGAAAAGGGAUCUGAUGGACCUGUUGGGCCAAGAGGGCAACCGGGCGAAGCUGGUCCUCGGGGUCUUGUUGGGCCGAGGGGGCCACCUGGCCCACCUGGCCAACCGGGUAUUCAAGGAACUGAUGGAGCACAGGGCUCAAAGGGCAAUCAGGGUCCAUCUGGAGAGAUAGGACCCCCCGGUCAACAGGGAAAUCCAGGAGUACAGGGCUUGCCUGGUCCUCAGGGUCCCAUUGGAUUGCCAGGAGAAAAGGGUCCCCAGGGGAAACAAGGCAUGCAGGGACUACCAGGCAUUGAUGGUCCUCCUGGUCACCCAGGAAGAGAGGGCCCCACGGGAGAGAAAGGAAUUCAAGGUUUACCAGGCGCCCAGGGGCCCGUCGGGUACCCAGGGACCCGGGGAGUCAAGGGAGCAGAUGGACUUAGGGGUCUAAAGGGGAGCAAAGGAGAGAAGGGAGAAGAUGGUUUCCCUGGGUUCAAAGGUGACAUGGGCAUCAAGGGAGAUAAGGGUGAUAAUGGAGCUCCAGGUCCUCACGGAGAAGAUGGACCAGAGGGGCAAAAGGGCCAAGCAGGACCCAUGGGAGAUGCAGGAGCUCCUGGGAUAGCUGGCGAGAAGGGUAAACUUGGUGUGCCUGGAUUGCCCGGAUACCCGGGAAGACAAGGUCCUAAGGGAUCACUUGGCUUCCCUGGUUUGGCAGGGGUCUCAGGAGAUAAAGGACGAAGGGGUCCAGCCGGUCAGCCGGGGCCCGGGGGCCAAAGAGGUCCUAAUGGAGCCAGAGGGGGGAGAGGAGCAGAGGGGCCUACUGGAAAACCCGGAGAAAAGGGUUCUGCUGGACAAGACGGUCCUCCAGGAUCCCCUGGAGAACAGGGUCCCCAAGGACCACAAGGAAGACAUGGCGAACCAGGACCUAGAGGGCCUAAUGGUCCACCUGGAAAAGAUGGACUACCAGGUCAUCCAGGCCAGAGAGGGGAACCAGGCUUCCAAGGCAAAAACGGGCCCCCUGGACCCCCAGGUGUUGUUGGACCACAGGGCAAAUCUGGUGAGACUGGGCCAACUGGAGACAGGGGCCAUCCAGGUUCACCAGGACCACCGGGUGAGCAAGGUUUACCGGGAACUGCCGGAAAAGAGGGUGCCAAGGGAGACCCAGGUCCAUCAGGAGCCUCGGGGAAAAGUGGCCCUCCUGGGCUCCAAGGCUUCAGAGGGAGCAGAGGGACCCCUGGUGCAAUGGGCCCUGCAGGUCUGAAGGGAGGAGAGGGCCUACCUGGUGUCGCAGGACUAAUUGGUGCUACUGGAGAGAGGGGCCCCGCUGGGCCAGCUGGCGCUAUCGGGCAGCCAGGGCGGCCCGGCAGUGUGGGUCUUGCUGGGCCAAUGGGAGAGAAAGGCGAGCCAGGAGAAAAGGGGCCUGUGGGGCCAGCUGGGCAUGAUGGGGAACUGGGACCUGUAGGGCUGCCAGGGCCUGCAGGACCUUCCGGGCCUCCAGGAGAGGAUGGAGACAAGGGAGAGACUGGAGGACCAGGCCAGAAGGGCAGUAAGGGAGACAAAGGAGAAGCUGGACCCCCAGGACCUGUUGGAAGUCAAGGACCUGUGGGCCAGCCAGGACUGCCUGGCGCAGAUGGUGAGCCAGGUCCUCGUGGGCAGCAGGGCAUGAAUGGGGCGAAAGGAGAUGAAGGACAUAGAGGCUUUAAGGGGGCAACUGGUCCUUCUGGACUGCAGGGAAUGCCGGGACCACCAGGGGAGAAAGGAGAGAGUGGGCAUGUUGGCUCAAUGGGACCUCCAGGACAGCAUGGCCCACGUGGCCCUCAGGGGCCCAUUGGCGGAGAGGGACCACCUGGAAUGCCUGGUGGAGUUGGUCAGCCUGGAGUUGUUGGAGAGAAGGGUGAGGACGGAGAGGCUGGAGACCCUGGAUCAGUUGGGGAGCCUGGUCUUGCUGGUGGUAAAGGCGACGUGGGGGAGAAGGGUGACUCUGGCCCUCCUGGUGCAGCUGGGCCUCCAGGACCCAGAGGAACACCAGGCGAGGAUGGACCCAAAGGCAACCUUGGCCCUAUUGGAUUCCCAGGAGAUUCAGGACCCCCUGGAGAGCCUGGCGCCAAUGGAAUAGAUGGUGGACCAGGGCCUAAGGGGGACAAUGGAGAAGCUGGCAAAGCAGGACCCCCAGGAGCCUCUGGAGAGCCAGGUCCACCAGGACCUCCUGGACGGAGGGGUCAUAUAGGCGCUGCAGGAAAAGAAGGGAAACAAGGCAUGAAGGGAGCCAAGGGGACAAUAGGAACCACAGGUCCAGUGGGUAAGACAGGCCCAGCGGGACCCCAAGGACAGCCAGGGAGGUCUGGCCCAGAAGGGCUUCGAGGCAUCCCAGGUCCCGGGGGUGAACAAGGCUUAAAUGGGCCACCAGGACAAACUGGACCACCAGGACCAAUAGGGCCACCAGGACUCCCAGGAUUAAAAGGAGACCCUGGAAGCAAGGGAGACAAAGGUCAUGGUGGGUUGAUCGGUCUAAUUGGCCCCCCAGGAGAACCUGGUGAGAAGGGAGACAGAGGCCUGCCAGGAAUCCAGGGCAUACCAGGGUCUAAAGGAGAUGGGGGAGUGGCCGGUCCACCUGGUCCCACUGGCCCCCCAGGACCACCUGGACUUGCAGGUGCAUCUGGCGAGAGAGGAUCGAAGGGAGACACGGGUAUUGUUGGUCCCAGAGGAGAUCCAGGCCAUGCUGGUCCCCCAGGACCCCCGGGACCCCCUGCGACAAUGGUUGAGCCGCUGCCUAUCAGGGAAGGCAGGCGGAAGAGACGGAGGCACUCUGAUCGGGCAGGAGGAGCAGCCUCAGCCAGAGAGGAUGUGGAUCUGGACAUGGAGGAGUUCCUCCAGGGAGAUCAGCCUCUGGAGGACGCUGAGGGAAUGGAAGAAGUCUUUGCUACCCUCUCUUCCAUGAAAAACGAAGUGGAGCUGAUGAGGAGGCCCUUGGGAACCUUUGAGAGCCCGGCCCGGACCUGCAAGGAGCUCAUGAUGGUUCAACCUGACUACAAAGACGGAGACUACUGGAUAGAUCCUAACCAGGGCUGUCACAGAGACUCUAUCAAGGUCUACUGUAACUUUACAGCUGAUGGAGAGACCUGUCUCUACCCUGACAAGAGGAUUGAGAUGGUGAAAUUAGCAGCAUGGAACAAAGAGAAGCCAGGAAGCUGGUACAGCCAAUAUAGGAAAGGCAAGCAGUUCUCCUACAAUGACAGGGAUGGGAACCCUGUGCAUGUAGUUCAGCUGACCUUCCUGAAACUACUGAGUGCCACGGCCACGCAGAGCUUCACCUACACCUGCCAGAACUCGGCAGGCUGGUUUGACAGCACCUCCCGCUCCUACCAGCAUGCCCUCCGCCUCAGAGGCAGCAAUGACGAAGAGCUGACACAAGCCAAAAGCCCCUUCAUUAAUGUGGUGCAUGAUGGAUGCCAGUUCCGCAAAGGUCAGGAAAGGACUGUUCUAGAAAUUGACUCCCCCUCGGCAGAGCUGCUCCCUAUUAUAGAUGUGGCUCCAGCCGACUUUGGCAACAGCAACCAGAAGUUUGGUUUCCAAGUUGGACGAGUCUGCUUCAAUGGUUAAAAUCUUGCCAGCAACAAACAAAAAAAAGACCUGCACAGCAAGUUUUCAGUGAAAGAAACUGGACUUUUACCGCUGCCCCAAGCAAUAUUUAUUACAUUAUGUUCCUGUAUGUGGUGGGUUUGUGGUACAUUAUUUAAGACUCUUCAACAGCCAAUGAAAUAGGUUCUAUGGCUUUACAACAAUAAGAAGAAAAGGAGGACAUGCAACUGUGGGCACAAAGCACAUUUACCAAAGGGAAAUAUUCCAGUUAGAUAUAUUUAAUUUUAAAUGUCUUUCUUUUUGUUUUUGCUCACUGUUUGAGUGUGGUCUAAUUGAUCCUCAAGAAUUACAAGGACUGCACCGCUUGACAAAUGACCACUUAUAAAUGAGACGGAUCUGUCCGAUCGUGGAAAGGAACAGUCUGUCAUUCUGUGGUAUGGGUCAGUUAAGGUGGGACUUCUCAGAUCAUGGAUGAACUAGUUGCUACCUAAUGUUUGACAGAGACUGAGACUGAAUAAAUCAGAGACGUCAUCAUACUCAUUUGCAUGCUCAGAUUUCACUAUAAUGACAAUUGCAUAGCAGUUGUGAACUAGCCUAGCAUAUUAAUUCCACACAAGCACCAUAAUUAAUUUCCCGUGUGCAGGAAUGAUAAAUUGUCCUUUUUACCCUUCAACUGCAGUUUGCUCAGUGAAUUACCUUGAUUAGUAUUCAAUAGGUGUAGCUAGUUACUGAACCAACACUUACUUGAAUGGAUAAGGUUGUUUCCUUUAUUGGACUGCUUCCCUUCAUGGGCUUGAUAAUAAGCUUUUUGAGCCCUCCAUGUUUCCACAUACUGCAGUACUGUAUAUGUCAGACUAACAUCCUUUCUACUGUGGUGUGUACUUGCUAUGACAUUGCUCAGCAGCUUGGUUGGGGUUUAUUUCAGGGCGAGAACUGAGAGCAUGCUGAUUAAAACGUUCUCUAGUCUUAACUGUAGUCCUUUAUACCAAGAGACAUUUCACGCAUCUCUUGAAAGCAUUUUUAUAAUUGCUGACCUAAACUGUUUUCACUUUUCUGCCCUGCUCAGAGGUUUUUGUUUCUCUGUUUUGUUCAUUUGUUGAAAACUGAACAGAAUAUGUUGCUCUUCACUUGACAUGAUUUGCUCUUCAGUGGUGCUAAAGAUGAUUCUGUUAUUUUUUGUGUCACUGUGUUUGUGUGUCUCUGUGGGCAGGAUUACAGGACUAGAGGGGGAGAGGGGGUUAUUGCUCUUUCAGUAGCAUGAAAAAACACCCUCCGAAGCUGGAGACCAGUCUGCUGUGUUUUUUGCACAUCUUCUGGCUGAUUGUGCCAAUUUCACAUGGCCAGUGAAAGGAGGUUAGGGACAGUUCAGGGCAAUGUGGUUGACUGCUUUAAAGGGAAAAUCCACUCUUAAACCGGAUUUACACUGUGCUCUUACAGUGAUUUUGAAUAGUAAAUCUAGCAUCUACAUACACAGACAAAACUAGAAAUUACAUCAAGAGUUUAGUUACAGUAAUACUGUCAUUAUGUAAGAUUUAGAGAAGUCGAUCUAGAUUGCAGAUGCAGAUUUUCUUCUUAGAUUGUUUUUUAUUGUAGAGUUAUCAAUCAGAAAUUAUCCUCACAUCCCAUGGUUGCAUUUACAGUGUCACAACCACUAUUCCAUUAUUCACUGUCUGUGGAGCACCCACAUGAUUUGUUUUUACAUGAUAUGGUUACUACAGUCUGUCUCUGUAUUUUGGCUUAAAUAGAGUCUUCAAAUGACCAAAUAGAGCGGUGAAAUACUACAGAAAUGACAUAUGUAUGUGAAUUCCAUUUUACGGUUGAUUUUCCCUCUAGCAAAUGAAAUUUCUUAAUGCUCUGCUUGCCUCCUCCAACUCAAACAGUAGACUGUGUAUCCAGCAUGUGUAAUUUUGCAAUUCACUCCCACUGUUCUAUUUGUUUCAUAGCAUUUGAACAUUCCAGUAAUUAACUCCUCUCCUCCAGUCCCAUCCUGCACUGCCCCUCCUGUGUAUAGUGUUUGUUGUACUAAUUUUAUAUACUGUACAGUUAUUCUGAGGACUUUAUGAGCAAUAACCUGUUGCCUGAAUGAAAAACAAAUGUAUUUGUUAAAAAUCGAUGUGCAAAUAAAGAAUAAAGAAUUUC